GCCUCGACGAUGGAGGGAAUUUUGUACAAGUGGACCAAUUACAUUAGCGGAUGGCAGCCUCGCUGGUUUGUGCUUGAAGGAGGAACUUUGUCUUACUAUGACUCUCAAGAGGAUGCUUGGAAAGGCUGCAAGGGGAGCAUUAAAAUCUCUGUUUGUGAAAUUCAAGUUCAUUCGUCCGACUCCACACGGCUCGACCUGACCAUACCAAGUGAACAGUACUUCUACCUGAGAGCCAUCAAUGCAGCAGAGAGGCAAAAAUGGCUGGUGGCUCUUGGAACUGCCAAAGCUUGCCUGACGGACAACCGAACAAAAAGAGAGAAGGAACUCCAAGAGAACACAGAAGCAUUAAAGACAAAGAUGUCCGAACUCAGGUUGUACUGUGACCUUCUUCUUCAACAAGUUAACAAAAUGAAGGACGACGACAACGAGCCCGAUGUCGCAGGAGAGACUGGUCUAGACACGAGUGACAUGGUGAAAUCGACAUGCACCACUUUCCUCAAGACACUAGAGGAGUGCAUGCAGAUAGCAAAUCGUACUUUUAUGCCAGAUGCGUCCAAGCAGAGCCCACCGGCGUCGCCCCCCGUAGCUGCUAUCAAACCUCAGAAGAUUAAACAUGUCAGCCAGUUAAAUCACCACCUUGGAGAAAAGUGGCAAGAUUUACCAGAAACAAACGUGAUGUCACAUGAAACCCGCAGCCUUGAUGCUGACGCGGAAGGACCAGAUGAACCAGAUGGACCGGAACGUCAGUCUUUUGCAUCAACUUUGUCCCACACUGUCAUGCACACAGCCAAUGGCGACAACGCCAACCAAGUGGAGAAUGUCGCUCCUCUUCCUCCCGUAUCCCAGAAUGCCGCUCAGCCUGAAGUCACCGCACCGACCGAUGGACAUAAAGAGCAAAAUGAAACACACAAAAGGGACAAUGAUGUGCCUCGACGGGAAGAGGUUUCUACUGAAGAAGAGGCCGAGUGCGAAGACGAGAUUUUCAAAGAUUCUGCAGAGCCAGAUGAGCCAGUGGAAACUUUUUUCAGCACAAUGAGUCACAGAUUUAGUGAUAUAGAGCUGGAUGACGACAAUGGCAUCCCCACGCAAGAGUUUUUGGACUCAUGCUAUGCAAUAGUGCCUGUAUUAGACAAACUCGGCCCAACUGUCUUUGCACCUGUCAAAAUGGACUUUUUGGGAAACAUCAAGAAAAUCAACCAGAAGCUGAUGUCAGACCCUGCCAGCUUCCCAACGCUGCAGUCCAUCGUGCUGCACGAGCUACGCGACGAGGUGGCUCAGGUACGCAACUCUGCCACCGAAGCGCUGCUGUGGCUGAAGCGAGGCCUCAAGUUCCUCAAGGAGUUUCUGUCGCAGGUCAACGCGGGGGAACAAAACAUCCACUCAGCCCUCAAUCACGCUUACGGCAAGACUCUUCGCCAGUAUCACGGAUGGGUGGUCCGAGGAGUCUUUGCGUUGGCGCUACGAGCCGCUCCGACCUACGAAGGCUUUACGGCUGCCUUGGUGUCGAUGGAAGGCCACGAGCGGAAGAGCAGCUUUGUCACCAGCAUGCACAGAGACCUCGGCAUCUACCUGCCCGCCAUGGACAGACAUCUGGCCAUACUGGACGCCCUCUACGAGGAAUAUAAUCUGGAGUCGGACGAGGUGGUCUAA